CUCCCUGAAAGCCCCCUCCCUCCCUCUCUCCCUCUUUCCCUCCCUGUUUUCUCUUCCUCUCUCAUCCCCACAAAGUGCUGAAGGCGUGAGGGGAGGGUGGAGAGCGCGAGCACACGUCUGCCUGCCUGUAUGUGUGUGUGCUCCUGGAAACGGGUGUAAGCAAGAUGGAGCAAAAGAGCGGGAGAGAGACCAUGCGCUAUGCCUUAGAGCUGUGAGGGAGGGAGAGAGAGCUGAGAGAGGGAGGGAAAGAAAGAGAGAGGGAAAGAGUAAGAGUGUCAGGGCUAGCUGGCUCAGACCUCCAGUGGGCUCCCAGCACAGAGCACAGGAGAGCCAGGCUCCAGCCCAGCACAUCGCACCACCCAACACCGACCCACCUCAGGGUCAGCCGACCCCCCCAACCAUGGCCCUGUUUGUGGACAGCACCCAGAACAUGGGGGCCUACUACUGCCUGAUGCGGACCAGGUUCAAGAGGAGGCGCAAGAAACGCUCCGAGCGGAAAGGUCGAGCGGGAGCUCGUCAGGUCCGGGGGCAGCAGAAGCUCUUCAGCAUGGAUGUGGACGAGGAGGAGAACAUGAGUUCGUGCAGCACCGACGUAAAGGAAAACCGCAACCUGGACAACGUCUCCUCCAAGGAGGGGGCCGCCGUGGCCGAGCAGCUCCCCAACGGCGGUGCGGGCGGGGGCAGCCGCAAGCGCCCGCUAGAGGAGGGCAAUAAUGGCCACGCGCACUCCAAGUUCAGGCCCAAGAAGCGCAAGAAAACCCCGGGGCCCGUACUGCCCAAGAAUGCGCUGAUGCAGCUGAAUGAGAUCAAGCCAGGCCUGCAGUACAAGCUGCUCUCCCAGACGGGCCCCGUGCACGCGCCCGUCUUCGUCAUGACCGUCGAGGUCAACGGCCAGCAGUUUGAGGGUUCGGGCCCCACCAAGAAGAAGGCCAAGCUGAACGCCGCCGAGAAGGCGCUGCGCUCCUUCGUGCAGUUCCCCAACGCCUCCGAGGCGCACCUGGCCAUGGGCCGCACGCUCACCGUCAACACGGACUUCACCUCGGACCAGGCGGACUUUCCCGACAUGCUCUUCAAUGGCUUCGAGACGCCGGCGCAGCCCGAGGACUCCUUCUACUUAGGCUCCAACGGGAACGGGUCGCUGAACGCGCUCGGGGAGUACCCCAUGCCGCCCGCCCCGGGCAGCAACAGCCUGGUGCAGGCACCGCUGCCACCCCCUUCCAGCUUCAGCUCCCCCUCCAGCGGCAAGAACCCGGUGAUGAUCCUCAACGAGCUGCGGCCGGGCCUCAAGUACGAGUUCGUCUCGGAGAGUGGCGAGAGCCACGCCAAGAACUUUGUCAUGUCCGUCACCGUGGACUCCCAGACGUUCGAGGGCUCAGGUCGCAACAAGAAGCUGGCCAAGGCCCGCGCUGCUCAGGCUGCCCUCUCGGCCCUCUUCAACAUGCAGCUGGACCAGACGCCUUCCCGCCAGCCCAUCCCCAGAGAGGGCCUUCAGCUGCACCUCCCACAGGUUCUAGCCGACGCAGUCUCCCGUCUGGUGGUGGACAAGUUCAGCGAGCUGACGGACAACUUCACAUCGCCCCACGCGCGGCGGAAAGUCCUGGCGGGGGUUGUCAUGACAACAGGCACUGAUGUGAAAGAGGCCCAGGUGAUCUGCGUCUCGACGGGGACCAAGUGUAUAAACGGCGAGUACAUGAGCGACCGUGGCCUGGCGCUUAAUGACUGCCACGCUGAGAUCAUCUCCCGCCGUUCGCUCAUCCGCUACCUUUACACGCAGCUGGAGUUCUUCCUCUGUGCCAGCAAAGAGGACCAGCAGAAGUCCAUCUUCACGCAGUGCGAGAAGCACGGCUACAGGCUGAAGGACAACGUGCAAUUCCACCUCUACAUCAGCACCUCGCCCUGUGGAGAUGCCCGCAUCUUCUCCCCGCACGAGGCAGCGGUCGAGGACCAAGGAGACCGGCAUCCCAACCGCAAGGCCAGGGGGCAGCUGCGGACCAAGAUCGAGUCAGGAGAGGGCACCAUCCCCGUGCGCACCAGCAACACCAUCCAGACGUGGGACGGCGUCCUGCAGGGCGAGAGGCUGCUCACCAUGUCCUGCAGCGAUAAGAUCGCUAGGUGGAACGUGGUGGGGAUCCAGGGCUCGCUCAUGGGCUACUUCACCGAGCCCAUCUACUUCUCCAGCAUCAUCCUGGGCAGCCUGUACCACGCCGACCACCUGUCCCGUGCCAUGUACCAGCGCAUCGCCGACAUCGAGGACCUGCCGCAGCAGUUCACCCUCAACAGGCCUCUCCUCAGUGGCAUCAGCAAUGCAGAAGCUCGGCAGCCGGGGAAGGCGCCCAACUUCAGCGUGAACUGGACGGUGGGGGACCAGGCGUUAGAGGUGAUCAACGCCACCACAGGGAAGGAUGACAUGGGCCGGCCCUCGCGCCUGUGCAAGCACGCCCUCUACAGCCGCUGGAUGAGGCUCUAUAGCAAGCUGACGUCAACGCUGCGGAUCACAGUGUCCAAGCCCAGCUCGUACCACGAAGCCAAGCAGGCUGCCGAGGAGUACCACGCAGCCAAGCAGGCGCUCAUCAAAGCCUUCCACAAAGCGGGGCUGGGGGCCUGGGUGAAAAAGCCCAGCGAACAGGACCAAUUCGCCCUCAACUCCUGAGCUUCAGCAGGGGAGCGGGGAAGAGACCUGAAUGCAACCAGCUGUCGAGACUUUGCUUGAUGUGUGUCUCUACGUUUUGUGUGUGCAAGUGCGUGUGACUACUCGCGUGUACGUGUCCCACCCGACCACAACCAACCGUCCGUAUCACUUCUCACCCUUCACGUCAGUAAUGUCCUCCACCCCUCCCCCGAACCCUUUUUUAUUUUUAAAUCUAUGAUGUCGGUAGAAACCAGAGAUUUUUAUUUAAAAGAACAGAUGAUUUAGGUUUUAAAUGAAUGACAUUCAACAGGGAGUUCAUGUACAACUGGAAUCAAGGCCCUGCCUUGGGGCAACUGUGUCUGUGUUAUUGUUUUAGAUUUGUUAUUUUAUACUUUGAGAUGUUAAUAUUGUGAAACAAACAGCAAAAAGACAGAAGAAAACAACACGAGAAGCAGAGCAGAGGAGAGGAGCAGAAACGACCAAGAAAACACACUGGUGCCAACCGUGCGCCCCGUCACAAGAACUGGGUCAGCCUGAACCCAUGGCUAUGGGCAGCUGAGGCUGAGCUGAUUGGUGUUGUAUCCAUGUUCCAGCCUUCUCUUCUAGUCACAUCAGGUUCACAAUGAAGACAAACAGGAAAAAAAAAAAACAACCUCAUUAUGUCCAAUUCUCAUACUGCUGUCACCUGGGUAAUUUUCUAUGCUUACAGAUUUGAAGAGUUUCUUACAGCAUGUUUUCCUUUUUUUUUUUUCUUUUUACAGAACAAAAGACAUUACCCCAUGCGUUCUAUCCCCUCCCUCCGUCUCUAACUGUUUCUGAGCAGGUGACCUGGGUAGCGUAGCUUUGAGAUCUGGUGAACACUUUUGUUGUCGUUUGCGUGAUUUGGUCAUUUGUGUUCAUUUGAUGUUAAGUGGGAGAGGUAAGGGGAAACUCAGAGGUCAAUUCUUCCCUUUAAGACAAAUCGGUCUGAAAAAACGAUUUUUUUCUCAUUUGAUUGAUUGACAUGUCGUGACUGACAUGCGAGAAAAGGGUGACUUCAAAAGUUUUGAAAUCCAGUGUGUAUUUGUUUUCACUGUGUCCAAAACAGAUGCAACCCGAAAGUGCAUUGCUCUCGUUUAAAAAAAAAAAAAAGAAAGGAAAAUAGGAAAAAUGUUUCGCAGUGCUUUCAGCUCCAAAACUCUUGCAGAUGCAUGUUGAUACUGUAUUCUGGCGCUGCUUUUUCCUUUUAGGCAUUGCUCACUCCCUUGUUUGGGAGGUUUCUUAUAGCAUCAUGUAAAUGGACAAAAAUGAAAUCAUUUCUAGAUUAAAACACAGCAAGUGUCUACUUUUGUUGACACAAAGCUAUGAACUUCCUUUUAGCUGCACGAAACAGUUUCUUUUUCUUUCUUUUUUUAAUAAGAGAUCUUCCUUAAAUAGGCUCCCCUGCCAACAUAUUGUGUGUAUUUUCCUACGUUGUAGACAUUUGUUUGUCAUUUAACACAUGGCAAGCUUGAGGACAGGGCAUUCCAGUGUGUGGAGAAGAGAAUCCCUUCUCAGAUAAUUGUGUGAGUUUGUAAGUUGCAUGUUUCUCGUUGACUAAAGCCAUCUCUUUGCAUGGGAACAGUUUUAAGGUUAGGGUGGGAAAGGGGGGGAGGGAGUUAUUUAAUUCAACAAAAAAAAAAUAUGGCUUGCUUUUGAAGAUUUCCUUUAAAAGGAAUUUAAUGCCAGCAUUCCUCUGCGCAGGCAGGCUCAUCUCUUCUUCCUCUGUUGUGUGUAUUUGAACGUCUAGAUGGGUCAAAUAAGUGCACAGACACUUGUGAAACCAUCUCCAUCCAUCGUGCUCAGAGUAUGCGAUUCCGUUAAAAAGGCACUAUUGCUACGAAUCCAUGUCAAUAGUUCAUUAAUAGUCCACGCCCCUCUCAUGAUUCAUGCCCAAGUUGGUACAGUGAAUAUGAAUAUGUACAGUGAAUGGGCUUGAUUCCCAGUACGCCUGCUUCGGUCAAAACACGUACACAACACUUUUUGUUUUAACUUUAAAUCAUUUAUGUUGCCACAAAAUUACUGACUAAACAUACGGCUUACCCUGACUAAGCAACAUCAUGGAGGUUUGCCGACAUGGGGCCAUUGGGCUCUGUGAGGCGCGUCCCGUAGGGAGCAGUCCCCUAUUACCCCCUACGUCAACUCAGCGCUGCACUAGGAUACACCACAGCGGUGGAGGCAACCGUUCUUCCGGUCCUCUACACCAUGUUCCCUAAUGCUACGGAGUGGAAAUAAACCAUACGGAAAGGAAUCGACGGAAUAUUUAUCAGUGGCAACAGUAGAUACACAUGGGAAAAAAACAUUCCGGACCGAUCAUAUUCAAACUAUUCGUACGGAAUCUAAUUCCAUAACGUUAAUGCACUAACUAUAGUUCAAGUUCCAUAGCCGUAGUCGGUGCCAAUCCGUUAACAUCCACAUCUCACUGAUGGUUAACUGAUGGCAUUGAGUGAUAUAAUUUGACCAUUUCUUUUAAUAUAUUUUUUAUUUGACUGAAAACAAUUGGAUAGAUAUGACUUGAUAUUUUGGUACAAAACUAGUAUGUUGCAUGCAAGAAUGGACUGAGCCAUGCGCUGUCUUGAUGGUGUGUGCGUGUGAGCGUUUUGUGUGUGCGUGGGUCCAUCUGGGUGCACCUGCUGCUGAGCCCAAUAGAAUCUCUAUGGAGACGUCAUGGCAACAGGACAUUGGAGAUCGCUGUGGAAUCUUCACCAAA